CAGCUCCAAAGGACACCUUCAGCUGCACUUCCUGAUCUUGCAGCCUCCCGGUGGUGCAGUGAGAGCCAGCUGAUCAGGCAGGCAUGCAGUGCGUGGGACUCCUCCUGAUGGUCUUGGUGUCGUGUGUGGCUCUGCGCUCUGCAGAAGCCAUACUGCCCUUUGCUUCCAGCUGUUGCACUAAGGUUUCUCCGCACGUUUCCAGAAGGCUGCUGAGAGCGGCGCAUGCGUGUCACCUGCAGAGAGCUGAUGGAGAUUGCAAUCUGGAUGCCAUCCUUCUGCAUGUCCGGCACAGAAGGUACUGCAUCAGCCCAGAGAAUCCUGCUCUUAGGGAGUGGAUGAAAGAGCAAACAGCCGAGGAAAAUGGUAAACAUAGGAUCUGCCGUAAGAAGAAGCGCCCCAAGAAGAACCAUCAAGGGACACGUCGUGGGAAGCAUGUGACAGGUGGCCAUAAGACUUCUCAUGGGACAGCUGAUGCCUAAGACCACAGAGAUGAUUCCUGUGGUGAAAGAAAGCAUUUAUCUUCAGAUAAUCUUUUAGGAGGAGCAUAUAAUUGCUCCAACUUUUUUUUUUUUGUCAGAUUUUCCAAAGCUACAGAAAAGCUGAAGAAAAGGUAUAUGAACACCUGUGUACAUUCACCCAGAUUCACUACUGCUAAUAUGCCACAUUAACUUUCUUCUUUCUUAUGUGUGUGUACAGAAUAAUUUUUGUAUAUAUAUUUUCAUACACACAUAUAUGUAUCAAACUUUUUUGACAAGCUGUUUUGAAAAUAAGUUGCAGACAUAUGACACUUCACCUUAAAUUUUUUGACAUUAUAACUCGCAUCCUUCAAGAAUAAAGACAUUUCCUAUGAAAUCACAUUAGCUUUAUACCUAAAAACUUAACAGUUUCAUUUAACAUGCAUGUACCAUAUUCAAAAUUUCCUAACAUGUUUCCAGAUUAUUUUAUCUAGCGUUUUUAAAAUCUGGGAAUCAGUCAAGGUCCAUAUAUUCAAUUAAUUGUUAUAUUUGAUAUAUUUUCAAAAUAUGUAUUUAUUUGAGAGACGAAGAUCCUAAAUUAGAGAAAGAACUCCCAGCCCCUUUGUCACUCUUUAAAUGCCUGCAAUGCCUGGUCUGAGUUGAGGUCAAAGCCAAAAUCUCAACCCAGGU